UUUUGGCAGACGCUGUGUGUAACUGUAACCUGUUAGCUAGUUAAUGUGAAGUGAGACAGAUAGCUAAAGUACUUAUAUAUUUACCACUAAUUUGCUGGUUCUGGUGGAUGUUACCUAACUUCGUUUUAGUUGUAUUUUGCAGUCCGACAUACUAACGUAGCUAUCUAGUUAUAAACGAAGCUAGCUAAGCUAACUAGCUAGCUAUCGGUAUGGGAUCUAGCUGUAUUCUAACCUGUGAUGUAAUUUCAGUGUUGGGAGUUAAUUUCCCUAAAAUGUAAUUAGGAAAUGCGAGGUAUGUAAUUAGCUAGCGAGCGAACUGGCCGACUCAAUAGCAUGAAAUGGAGUGCGGAAUGCCAAUCGUAGUUAUUUAUAUUUGUUACCCGUACAAGGCACAAUGAGAGCAAUAACUAGCUAGGUAAGCUAGCCAGAUAGUGAGUGUCGUUUACAGUAUGCUACCAGUGCCCUACGGAAGUUUUGACCGUGACCAACUUCUCAUACGGGUGCCAUUCACCUUCUUCAUCGUUGUAACGGUCUGUUUGCCCCUUGUUGGUUUCGUCAGUUGCAUCACAGUUUCGCUGUUUUAUCACUUCAGUGAAGCUACCAAUACCCACUGUCAGGUCAGUAACUACCUCCCGUCCAUCAGUGCAGCCCUUAGUCUCACGCCAGAGCGUUACAUCUGGCGGUUCUGCAUCGGCCUGCACUCCGCCCCCCGCUUUCUGGUGGCGGCUGCCUACUUCAGCUUCUACCGAAGGUGGUUUUCCAAGAAGCUCGUGAAACAGCUGCUGAACAUCUUCACUCUCCUCUGUGCCCUCAGUGAGAAUGUGGGCCUGCUGCUGCUUACCUAUGUCUGCUCUGCUGAAACGUACAGUCUCCAUAAGACGGGCUUCAUUAUGUUCAUUGUGAGCUCUCUGCUCCACAUGCUGUUCACCUGCGGACUGUGGCAGGUGAUUCCGAAGCGCAACCUUAGUUCUGAGGAAGUGACAUCAUCCCGCUAUAAGAACCGCCUCUUCCUUUUUAACAUUGGCUGCUGUACAAUUGCGGGCUAUUUCUACUGGCGACACAACAAGUAUUGUGAACCAGGAAUUUACACCCUCUUUGCUCUUUUUGAGUACCUGGUAGUGCUCUCCAACAUGGCCUUCCAUAUGACUGCCUUCUUGGACUUUGGAAAUAAGGAGAUUAUGGUGACAACACCACCUGAGGGCAAGCACAACUGAUGCUCAAAAAAUUACUACUUUAUCAUGAGAACCACAGGAACUCUGAAGAUAAAAAUUAAUUACAAUGUUGGUGAUUUACUGUACUUUGUGAUUCUGAUUUGAAAAGAAAAUGUUUGAUAUCUUGGAAAGUUUAUACAUGUACAAAAAAAAUUGAUUGAUGUGUUUGCCAAGCUAACUGUAUCUUUUUUGUAUGCAACAUGAUAUAUUAACUCCAGUGUAGCCUGCAUUUUUACUAUAGUGACUGAUUAGUAUCUGAUCUACAUUCUGGGAAUCACACACGUAUUCAAAAUGCUUGAUGAGCUGCUCAAUGGUGUAGUGUCCAUCAGACACAUUUUGGCCCCAGAUAGGAUUGCAUGAUUUGAUAGAAAAAAGGAAGUAAUAAACCUUCAUUGGAAAACCUUCCCUUGUACCCUAAAAGGGAAGAGCAGUUCUGUUUGGUGGCACAUAGAGUGAAACUGAGCCCAGCCACGCAGAAGGGUGUUGAUUCAGUAGUGUCGUCCACAGAAAUAGUUAUGUGAUUUCUGCACUGAUCACAAAUCUUCAAGUUUUCACUAGAUGCAAAAAACCUUUUUGUGCCAAUGGAAUCUUUGAAGCCCCACCCAACCCUAGGAAUGUAUCUUUGGUCUACAGUGUGGCUUGCAUUAUGCUGUCGUGUCCUUAGAAAGUUGUUUCACAAGCAUAACCAUCACUACCAGUGCAUCUAAAUGCUAAAAACAUUAACAUAGGCAUAUAAGCAAGAACAGUUUAAGAUUAUGUGACAUUUCAUUAUUGCAUGUUUUUGUUUUUAUUUAUUUAUUUUUGGAUUUUUUUUUUUAAUCAAUGAUUUAUGCAAAAUUUGUUAGCUAAUAUAGAUUUAUGUUUAUAACUCCAUUUAUUGGCAAUUUAAAACUGAUAAAUUGGUUUUACAUGGUGAAACAAACAGCACGCCAUGCUGUCAUGUAACAGGGACUACUAUUUUGAUUUGAUAGGCACUAUAGAUCAUCACUAAGUUAUCUUAUACAAAUUGCUUAUGCUAAUUGUGCACAUGUAUUGUAUUACUACUCUGUUAGGUACGAUAAUCAGAUUAUAUUUUGAAUAUGCUUCUCCACGUGGACCAUUCUAUGUUUUAUCAGUGAAGACAGUGCACUCACCAUUAAUCAUGGUGACUACAUUUUGGCCAUUCUAGUUAUGAUGUACCAAAUGGUUUUGAAAAAUUUCUGUACAAAAUGUCCAGUAAUUUGUUGCUAUGGAAUUGUACUUUCUAUGAUCAUAGUUAUUUUCCUUAAUCUCUUUAACACACAUUAGUGAACAUUUAUUUACAAUAGUCAAAAGGACCACAUUUCACAUUUUAAGUGAAAGAGUUAGAAUAUUUAUAUUUUUUAUCAAUAGAAGUAUAAGAAGACCUGUUUACUGACAGGUUAAGAUUAAUCCCCAGGAGAAUUAUGUAUACUGACAAAUUAGACCAUAAUCUUGUUACUCCGUGAAAGAUUAUAGACACCCAGUGACUAGACAUGUUAGUAACUGUAGUGGGGUAAAGUAAAAGGUUCCCUGAAAAAACUUUAAAUAGAUAGUAGGUGUACUUCAUGACAUCCUUCUGCUGAUAAAAUAGCAGCACUAUAUUUAAAAUA